GUGAGUGUGCGCGGAUCCGCGAGCAGCAAGCAAGCAAGGCAGCAGCCGCGCUCAGUCCAGCCGCGCGCAGACACGCGUGAAGGGAAGUGACAUCGCCCCCACGCUUCAAAAAAAAACCCUUUUCGGGAGUUCAGGAUUAGAAAACGUCUAUUGGCUUUGUCUGUUCGGAGCGGGGAGAGCUGAGAUAUUACAGUUUUUUUUUCCAUCGAUUUUUUUUUUCAUUUUUAUUAUUUGUCUGUGUUUUGUUUGUUUGUUUAUUUAUUUUUUCCAGUGGACUGACAGCGGAGAGUUUCUUUUUUUUUUGGGUGGACAUGGGGAGAAGUGGACUAGUAGAUCGCUGGAGGUGGAUGUGCGCCACGCCGGGCGUCCUUCUUCUCCUCCUCCUGGGGUUCGUGCAUGCAGGACUCGGCCAAGCACGAGAAGACGACGAUUUCCUGAGCGAGCUGCCCGAGACCUUCCCGUCCGAUCCGCCCGAGCCGUUGCCGCACUUCCUGUUCGAACCCGACGAGGGCUACAUCGUCAAGAACAAGCCCGUCAACCUCUACUGCAAGGCCACGCCCGCCACGCAGAUCUACUUCAAGUGCAACAGCGAGUGGGUCCACCAGAAGGAUCACACAGUGGAAGAACGCGUGGAUGAGAACUCAGGUCUGGUUGUGAGAGAAGCCAGCAUAGAAAUAACCCGGCAGCAGGUGGAGGAACUAUUCGGCCCGGAAGAUUACUGGUGUCAGUGCGUGGCAUGGAGCUCCGCCGGAACCACCAAAAGUCGCAAGGCGUACGUUCGCAUCGCAUACCUGAAGAAGUCAUUUGAGCAGGAGCCCCUCGGCAAGGAGGUGUCCCUGGAACAGGAAGUGCUGUUGCAGUGUCGCCCACCAGAGGGCAUACCGGCAGCAGAGGUGGAGUGGCUGAAGAACGAAGAGAUCAUCGACCCAGCGGAGGACAGAAACUUCUACAUCACCAUCGACCAUAAUCUGAUCAUCAAACAAGCGCGUCUUUCGGACACGGCUAACUACACGUGCGUGGCCAAGAACAUCGUGGCCAAGAGACGCAGCACAACGGCCACCGUCAUCGUUUACGUUAAUGGUGGCUGGUCGACGUGGACGGAAUGGUCGAUGUGUAACAGCCGCUGUGGGCGUGGCUUCCAGAAACGAAGUCGCAGCUGUACUAACCCCGCCCCUUUAAAUGGCGGACUGCCUUGUGACGGACAGGCCAUCCAGAAACUACCCUGCACCUCUUUGUGCACCGUGGAUGGCGAGUGGACGGACUGGAGUAAGUGGUCAGCCUGCGGGACGGAGUGCACCCAGUGGAGGAGGCGGGAGUGCAACAACCCGGCGCCCAAAAACGGCGGGAAGGACUGCGAGGGUCUAGUGCUUCACUCUCAGAACUGCACCGAUGGACUUUGUAUGCAGAGUUCAUUGUUUGAGACAUCCAAAGAAACGAGUGAUGUGGGAUUCACAUCGGCUCCGAGCACGGAUGAUGUGGCUCUCUACGUGGGCGUGGUCAUCGCCGUCAUCAUGUGCCUGGUCAUCUCGGUCAUCGUGGCGCUCUUCGUGUAUCGCAAAACCCACCGCGACUUCGACUCGGACAUCAUCGACACGUCGGCGCUCAACGGAGGGUUCCAGUCGGUCAACAUCAAGACGGCCAGAUCAGAGCCCCUCCCCAACCUGAAGAUUAAGGUGUACAACUCCUCCGGCCUCGUCACGCCGCAGGACGACCUCGGAGGAGACUUUACGUCCAAGCUCUCUCCCAAGUUGACACAGUCUCUGCUGGAGAACAGCGACACCAUGAACCUUCGGAACCAGAGCUUGGCCCGCACUCGAGACCCCUCGUGUACCGCGCACGGCUCCUUCAACAACCAAGGAGGACACCUCAUUGUGCCCAACUCGGGAGUGAGUCUGCUGGUUCCGGCGGGCGCCGUCCCCCAGGGCCGCGUCUACGAGAUGUAUGUGACGGUGCACAGGAAGGACAGCUCCAGACCACCGGUGGAGGACGUGCAGACUGUGCUGAGUCCGGUGGUAAGCUGCGGACCCCCAGGAGCUCUGCUGACCAGACCGGUCAUCCUCACCAUCCACCAUUGUGCUGACAACGUCCACGAGGACUGGCUCAUACAGCUGAAAAACCAACUGGCUAUGGGCGAGUGGGAGGAUGUGGUAGUGGUGGGCGAGGAAAACUUCACCACUCCCUGCUACGUGCAGAUGGACUCGGAAGCCUGUCACAUCCUCACGGAGACUCUGGGCACGUACUGUCUGGUGGGCCAGUCGGUGGGCAAGGCGGCCGCCAAGAGGCUGAAGCUGGCUGUCUUUGGGCCCGUUUCUUGCACCACGCUGGACUACCACAUCAGGGUGUACUGUCUGGACGACACGCAAGAUGCACUCAAGGAGGUUCUUCAGAUGGAGACGCAAAUGGGAGGCAAGCUCCUGGACGAGCCCAAGACUCUCAACUUUAAAGACAGCACGCAUAACCUGAGACUGUCCGUUCAUGAUGUACCGCACCCGCACUGGAAGAGCAAACUCAUUGCCAAAUAUCAGGAGAUCCCCUUCUACCAGGUAUGGAGCGCGAGCCAGAGGAGCCUCCACUGCACCUUCACGCUGGAGAGGAUGAGCUCGGCCGUUACCGAGGUCAGCUGUAAGCUGUGCGUCAGGCAGGUGGAGGGCGAGGGCCAGAUCUUUCAGCUCAGCAACACCCUGGAGGAGGAGCUCCAGUGCAUAGACACGUCCCUGAUGGACCCAGCCAGCAACAUCACCACAUUAGUGGGGCCCAACGCCUUCCGCAUCCCCCUGUCCAUCAGACACAAACUGUGCGGGAGUCUGGACGCACCGCAGACAAGAGGCAACGACUGGAGGAUGCUGGCCCACAAGCUCAACUUGGACAGGUACCUGAACUACUUCGCCACCAAGUCCAGUCCGACGGGCGUCAUUCUGGACCUUUGGGAGGCCCAGCAUUUCCCCGACGGGGACCUCAACGAACUGGCGGCCGUGCUGGAAGAGAUGGGUCGACACGAUAGCAACUUCUGCUCCAUGACCGUGGAACACUAGGGACCAACGACUCUGGACAAAUGGCAACGGUUGACCAUGUACGCGGGCCAGACUAACCCAGGGGGACGCGAGCAGAACGACCAAAAAAAACAAACAAAAUAAAAGCUGCGUCUUUUUACUCGCCGAGAACAAGCUAAACUAGCGAUGUUACUUAAAAGUGGCAUCGUCGGUAGCGGGCUAACAAAACAAACUAAGGAAAG